GUCACGCCGCGCUCUUUGUCAUAUCGCCGGGCUGCUCCUCGCUUAGUGUGUCGCACCGUCCUCGGGGGGAGAAAGCAAACCAUCAGCAGCCACUCCGUUCUUCAGACGAGCCCAAAUAUUGCCGCCUGGCUUGCUGUCCUUUCAUUUGCUCUUCCAUUGCGUCCCCUGUGAAGGCAGCUGAGUGGCCGCGCUCCCGAAGGCGGUCUGCUCCGUAAUGGGAUCAGUGAGCUUUUGUUAAAGGUGCUUGUAGUGAGCUGAUGAGUGGCACACGCGGUGUGUGGCUGUGGCACCGCAGAUGGGAGGUGUGACGAAUGGAGAGAGAGAGAGAGAGAGAGAGAGAGAGAGAGAGAGAGAGAGAGAGAGCGAGAGAGCGAGCGCAGGUUACCGAGCCCAAACCGGCAAACGGCGCUCUCGCUCUCUCCGUGUCGCACACCGAGUCUUUCAGACGGACUCUGCCGUCUCGGUGUGCGCUUCGGUGCUCCGAGAAUAACAAGAAGGAAACGGAAAUCCGGGCUGCGAGCGCAUCCCCCGAGCUGAAGGCGCUAUGCCGAAUGUGCAGAAUGCGCUGUGCCCGAUGAAAAGCCCGCGAUGCUGCUGACAUGAUGCCCGCCAAGCUCAACAGUACAAGUUGUCCCGUAGUUCUCGGAGAAAGUGGACCCCUGCAGCGGCGAUGGACCUCGCUCCGGGUCGCUCCAAGUCGGGGAGCGCGCUGCACCGCUGGGUCUGCUGUACUAUGAAGAGGAGGCAGAAGCGGGUGCUGCAGAUGACUUUCGUGUUCAUGGUGGCCUUAGUCUUCCUUCCCAAUAUCGGCCUGUGGUCCCUUUACAAAGAGAGGCAUCUGAUGAAGUCUCCGGACGUCGAGGAUCAGGGGUUCAUUUUGGGGCUGAGUGAAGGACACUUGUACACCUGGACUGAUGGCUCAAAGAGGAAGGACUGGCACGACACCGAACGCAUCCGGAAGGAGGAGCUGCGCACAGGUAAAGGGGAGCACGGAAAGCCGUACCCGCUAACAGAGGAGGAGAGCGACGACUUGGCAUACCGGGAGAACGGAUUUAACAUCCACGUCAGCAACACCAUCGCGCUGGACCGCUCGCUGCCCGACAUCAGACACCCAAACUGCAAACAGAAGCUCUACCUGGAAAAGCUGCCCAACACCAGCAUCAUCAUCCCUGUCCACAAUGAAGGCUGGUCCUCCCUCCUGCGCACAGUUCACAGCAUCGUCAACCGGACGCCCGAUGAUCUCAUCGCCGAAAUCAUCCUGGUCGACGACUUCAGCGACAGAGACCACCUCAAGGAGCCCCUGGAGGAGUACAUGGCCCGUUUCCCUAAAGUGAGGAUUGUAAGAACAAAGAGACGAGAGGGGCUUAUUCGAACCCGUCUCCUGGGGGCCACAGUGGCGACAGGGGACGUUCUGACCUUCUUGGAUUCUCACUGUGAGGCCAACGUCAACUGGCUGCCACCCCUGCUUGAUCAGAUUGCUGCUAACCGCAGGACCAUCGUCUGCCCCAUGAUUGACGUCAUUGACCACAACCACUUCGGCUACGAGGCGCAGGCCGGAGAUGCCAUGCGAGGUGCCUUUGACUGGGAGAUGUACUACAAGCGAAUCCCGAUCCCGCCGGAGCUUCAGACCGCUGAUCCCAGUGAGCCAUUUGAAUCACCCGUAAUGGCAGGUGGACUCUUUGCUGUCAAUCGCCUCUGGUUCUGGGAGCUGGGGGGCUACGACCCAGGGCUGGAAAUCUGGGGUGGUGAGCAGUAUGAGCUAUCAUUCAAGGUGUGGAUGUGUGGUGGCAGUAUGUACGACGUGCCUUGUUCCAGAGUGGGACACAUCUACAGGAAGUACGUGCCCUACAAGGUGCCAUCGGGGACCAGCCUGGCCCGAAACCUGAAGCGAGUGGCUGAGACGUGGAUGGACGAGUACACGGAGUUCAUCUACCAGCGGCGGCCGGAGUACCGCCACCUGUCCACGGGCGACCUGUCGGCACAAAAGGAGCUCCGCAAGCAGCUCGGGUGCAAAGACUUCAGGUGGUUUAUGGCAGCAGUGGCCUGGGAUCUGCCCAAGUACUACCCGCCGGUGGAGCCCCCCCCCGCAGCCUGGGGAGAGAUUCGCAAUGUGGCCGCCAGCCUGUGCGUUGACAGCAAACACGGGGCCACGGGGACUGAGGUGAGGCUGGACGUGUGCGUCAAGGACGGCUUGGAGCGGACCUGGUCACACGAGCAGACGUUCACCUUUGGCUGGAGAGAAGACAUACGGCCUGGCGACCCGCUGCACACUAGGAAGUUCUGUCUUGAUGCCAUCUCUCCGACGAGCCCCGUCACACUGUACGACUGCCAUGGCAUGAAAGGCAACCAGCACUGGCGAUACAGAAUGGACCACACGCUGUACCACCCAGUGAGCAACAGCUGCAUGGACUGCAACCCCCUGGACAAGAAGAUCUUCAUGCGGAGGUGCGAGCCGCAGUCGCAGACCCAGCAGUGGAUCUUCCAGCACAGCAACGCCUCCGUCCUGGAGAAGUUCAACGAACUGCGCGGUCCGUGAAGCCGGCGGGCCGGCGAGACGCACAAAGACCUCCCGGCGCCUCCGGGCCUUCGUGAAGCCGGCGAGCUCUGAGAGAAGCGAGCCGAUGUCCGACGAUCGCGCCGAUCCAGACGGCAGAGGACGGACGGACGGACAGACAGCAGUGAGGCUUUGCACACGGAGCGCCGCUGACGACGUGCACAACUGACGGCGGACUCUUCUCGGACCCUCGUGUCCGGGUUCAAAGGAGCAGAGGAUUGCGGUUUAAUAAAUAAAAUGAUACCCGAGUGUCACAUCAACGGCUCCAUCU